GAGGAGGCGUGACGUACAUCCGGCGAGUAGCUGGCGGUCCCGGUGCUGCUGGUCUGUGUGCCGUGAGGGAGGGUCUUAGCUGCCCGCCGCCGGAGGAGCCCCUCGGGCCUUCAUCUGUAUGGCAUUUUGAUCCAGACUCUUGAUGAGAUUGAUCCACAUUAUUGAUGAGACUGAUUUCCUAGAGCUGUUGCUAACUGGUAGACAGCAGUGGUGUAUCUCGGGAAUGUGAAUGAGCAGCUGCCUAGUAGAGGAGUGAGUCCCACAGUGGCAGAAGAAAGUACAGGCAUACCUCAGAGAUAUUGCAAGUUUGGUUCCAGACCACCGCAAUAAAGCAAGUAUCAAAAUAAAGUAGUAAGCAUUAAUAAUGUCUUUCAUCUUCGAGUGGAUCUACAAUGGCUUCAGCAGUGUGCUCCAGUUCCUAGGACUCUACAAGAAAUCUGGAAAACUUGUAUUCUUGGGUUUGGACAAUGCAGGCAAAACCACUCUUCUUCACAUGCUCAAAGAUGACAGAUUGGGCCAACACGUUCCAACACUGCAUCCGACAUCAGAAGAGCUGACAAUUGCUGGAAUGACUUUUACAACUUUUGAUCUUGGUGGGCAUGAGCAAGCUCGACGAGUUUGGAAAAAUUAUCUCCCAGCAAUUAAUGGGAUUGUCUUUCUGGUGGACUGUGCUGAUCAUUCUCGCCUCAUGGAAUCCAAAGUUGAGCUUAAUGCUUUAAUGACUGAUGAAACAAUAUCCAAUGUGCCAAUCCUUAUCUUGGGUAACAAAAUUGACAGAACAGAUGCAAUCAGUGAAGAAAAACUCCGUGAGAUAUUUGGGCUUUAUGGACAGACCACAGGAAAGGGGAACGUGACCCUGAAGGAGCUGAAUGCCCGCCCCAUGGAAGUGUUCAUGUGUAGUGUGCUCAAGAGGCAAGGCUACGGCGAGGGUUUCCGCUGGCUCUCCCAGUACAUUGACUGAUGUAUGGACAGUGAAAAUAAUAGAGCUUUACUUCUCUGGACUGAUCCUAUUCACAGCUUCCUCAUGAACUUUUCUAAUAGAACAAGGAAAGCUCUCCAACCAAGUCUGGCGUUGAGAAGCCAAGAGUCUUUGUCAACUCUCUCAUCACCCAGUGGUGACAUGUGCUCUUCUCCACACUGUUGGGAGGUAACGCUGCCCCAUGUGCUGGUGCAGGUCAGGAUCCCGGGACUUGGAAACUGGCAGAAUUUGCCGGGUAAAACUGUGUGCCAUCAUGGGGCACCUGAAAAGAAAAACACGUCUCACCACUGUGGUUGAUUUCAAAGAAAGUGAUUCUAUUUUUUAAAGAAAGUGUUGUUAAUGUAA